GAAGACACCUCUCCUAGCAGCCAAUCCCCUGAGCACUGGGGCUGGAAUCACAGGCAGACUGCUCACGGAAAAAGCACUCUGCAAAUUCUGAUAUCUCGGGCAAAAGUUUCAUAGCUGGUGGGCCAUGGAGCUUCUUGUGAAUGUAAGAAAAUGGAUAGAAGAAAACAAAGCUGCCUUUUUGCCACCUGUUUGCAAUAAGCUUAUGCAUCGCUAUCAAUUAAAUGUGAUGUUUGUUGGAGGGCCAAAUGAAAGGAAGGAUUAUCAUAUUGAAGAAGGAGAAGAGCUUUUUUACCAGGUUCAAGGAGAUAUGUGUUUGAAGAUAAUUGAAAAUGGGAAACACAAAGACAUUGUCAUCCGAGAAGGGGAGAUGUUCCUGCUACCAGCCAGGAUACCUCAUUCUCCUCAGAGAUACAAAAACACUGUGGGUCUUGUGAUUGAGAGGGAAAGAUUAAAAACAGAAGUGGAUGGGCUAAGAUACUAUGUUGGAGAAUCAACUGAUGUCCUCUUUGAAAAAUGGUUUCACUGUGAAGAUCUCGGCACUCAACUUAUACCAAUAAUUCAAGAGUUUUUCAAUUCAAGGCAAUAUAAAACUGGAAAACCAAACCCAGAUGAACUCCUGAAAGAAACACCUUUCCCACUGAAUUCCACUUCUGUAAUGGAGCCAUUUUCCUUCUCAAGCUGGUUAAAUGACCAUCGUGGUGAAAUAAAACAGAAAAAGUCCUUGAGUAUGUUUGGAGAUAACUUUGAAACAGAGGCUAUAGCCUAUGGACCAGGAACAACUGAGAAAAGUAAAAAGGAUUCAGAUAUCUGGAUAUGGCAGCUGGAGGGCACAUCGACUGUUGCCAUGGAUGGUAAAACCCUGACUCUCUCUGCUGGUGACAGCCUGCUUGUCCGUGCCCAGUCUGUGUACUGCUGGAAAAGAGCAGAAGAUUGUGUUGCUCUCUGCGUCGCUCAGGAUCCAAAACGCAAGCAGCCUUAUAAAUAACUCCUGUGUCACUUGGUUUCAGGAUUACCAAGUUUUAACCUACCUACCUUAAUUAUAUUCUACUCAGAAUGCCUGGAAAUUUGAAUACUCGAACACAAUGAUUAAGAGGAGUCAAGUGCUGUGCCCAAUUAAAUUUUUUCCCCAAGUAGUUUAAAGUUUUAGCAAAACAUGUAAUCAGUAUUUUUUUAAGAUCUAGUGUUUUGAUUUUAUCUGAAAGGAAAAUGACAACAUAUCCAAGUAGCAGGAUUACUUAUAUAGUAAUACCUGAUACUAUCUAGAUUAAACUAGAUUCCUUUGAAAGGCAAGUCUCUGCCACAAGAUGUAGAAAAGGAGAUGGGACAGAUAAUGUUACACUUCUUAGGUAACAGGCUGGAUGCUGGGUCAUGGGUGUGCUCCUGUGCAGCAGAAUAUUCAAGUCAAAUUCACCUUUAGAGGUAUGUUAAGGGACAAGAAAGCAGAAAAAUUAUUAUAAUCAGUUUCUAUUAACAGCUGCUUCUUUUUGAACAAUGAAGUUUCUGGCAGAAAUAAUAAAUGUCAAAUUAUAUUUUGCUGCUUUUAUUCCAAGAACUCUGCAGAAGAGUUUUUGUCUUGGUUUUAGUUAAUUGUUCUUCACAUUGUCAUCAGAAAACAGGUUGCUUAGAUACCUGCAGGUAUUAUCGAUUAAAUAUUUGAGAAAGCAAAAGUUUCUGAUUCCUGAUUUUUUUAUUUCUAAUUAAAUUCAGAAAAAUAUUUGUUUCAUCUAUCACCUAUAAACCUCAUUAAACUGAGAUUUCAUA